AUGGGAAACGGGCCAGACAAGGACAGUGCAAGGGAGUGGAGAACCAUGGGCCACGGAAACCCAGGGAGACAGUCCACAGUUUCCGCCUUUGACCGUACAGCGAAACAUGGUCGAAGGCUUCCAGGCGAGAGCGUCGAGGAGAAGAAAGUGUCGCCGCAGUCAUCAGGAUGGUGGAUCACACAGCUGCGCCUGUUGCUUCCCUCAAUUUGCAAAAAUGGGAGGGAUGAGACUAAGUGGAGGAAGGGGGGGCUGGAGCAGUUGCAGGGUGAGACUAUGGAGGCUCGUUGCACCAAGCAUUUCCACAACGAUCGAUAUUCCCCUUCCAAGAAGAGCUUGAUAUCGCCCAGAUAUCGGCGCCGAAAAAAUGGCAUCAUACCGGAUUCGACAAGCUUCUUUUGCUGUUCUUCGUGUGGCCGGCUUGCGAGCCUCUUUUUGCUACUUCUGUGUCUCUUCCACCCCCGUGUACGCAAAGCAUAUAUACGGCUUGUCUUGAGUCAAGCAGGGCUCCGGAGGCGAAUUUCUCCCGUGGCCCCGAUCCAGUUAGUAUUCUUCAAGGGGAGACUUGUGAAUGCUGGUAAGGGAUCCACCAAAUACGAUGAGGAUAACUAUACGAUCAGACCUCCCGUUGGUAUGGGCGGUCUGAAGAUAUCGAGAGCGCAAGAUGCGAAAGAAGAAAGGGCAAAAGAAAAGAAAUAUCGCAGGCGAGAAGGAUGGGGUUUGACAGCCACUUCCCCCAACCCCCAACGGGGGUGUCUGGAUGAAUGGAUGGGCAACAGAACUCUCCGGAGAAAGUAUCCUGAUAACUCACUACUCUCACAGCGCGGUUCGACAAAUAUAGUGAUGUUUCGCGACCUUGUGGCAAUCUCGUGUAUGGGAUGGGCUGAAAAUGAUACUCCUGGACAACAACACCAACUCAGACAGGGCAGAUCUCAACAGGGGCCUCAGAGAUAA